AUGGCAACAACACCUUUCGAUCUCCCUCUACCGGGCUCUUCGUUCUUCGAUAUUUACAAUGAUGGCGCUGCCCAGCGCAAUCCCAUUCCACUCCCUGGAGGAGCAUGCAACUACGUGGACCUAAGCCCAGGCGCCAACGGAGCCAAGUGCGGAUGCCGUCGAUUCUGGAGUCGCUUUGCCGCCGGGAGAGCAUACACGGACAGCCCGGGGACUGGCAAUUCCGUCUGGUGCAUGUGCUCGCAUCACGCCUGCUUUCAUGAUGACGGACGCGCCGUGAGCGAGACUCCAGCACCCGCGCCAGUGUCUGCGCUCACCCCCGCCCCCGUCGCCCCCGUCUCUCGCCAGGAGAAUGAGAGACCAAGGAUAUCCAGAGAGCCUCUUAGCCCGGUUCAGUUGCCCGAUAUGUCGUUACGCAUACCCACUGGAUUUUCUCCGACCAUGGAUUUCAUGAACCUGGAUACUGCCAUGGUUAUAUCUCCGAGCAAACCCGAUGAAUCUAGGACCCGCCAUAUGGAUCACAUUAGCCAGCGUCCCAACUCUACCUUGCAGGAUACGUUAAGCUGGGGCGACUUAAUUCAGUCCCAAGCCGGAAAUGGUUCUACUUCGUUGCCACCGAUACCAGCACAAUGCCUAAUGCAGUCUCAGCCCAGCUCUACGACAUCUUCCAGCCAGGCUCGCUAUCUUCGUCCGUUUUCUGGCAAAGGUCUUCAGACACUCAGUGGUGUUGCCACGUCUAACGUGCAAUCUCUACGGAAGGAUAGACUUCAGGAUGCGAAUACUUCCGCUCCCCGGGAUCAACUUACCAAGGACGACGAUGGCACUAUGAUUGUUCACAGUGAGCAUGGCGCAGACACUCCAAGAGCGCAGUCCCCACGCACUCUGUCUCAACGCACCCUGGAAAAGGUCGAUGCUGUUUUUGCCGGACCGUCUCGCGAUACCUUUCGCCAUCUUUCGGAUACAGUCCAAGGUCACGAGCACCGUCUCGAGAGGCUCGAAAAUGUUUCAUUCUCCGCUGCCGGGCACGAAGAGUGUCAUGAGAAGCACGACGCCACAGAUCUCCGCGUGACUGACCUUGAGGUUCGCUUUGAGGAGGUUGAAAAGCUCAUCAAUGACAACGGCAGUGUUAUAGGUCGUCUCACCGACCGACAAACCUUUGACGAAUCAACCAACAGCGUUGUUUCAGUCGCUACCAGUGCAGCCACCACGCGAGCCGGCCAGUCUGACGAAAUUCUCAGCCAAAUCCAGAUGCUGCAGUCUCAGAUGCUUCAGCUUCAGUCACAGCUCCCCACGGCCACCCGACCUUGGGAAAUUGAAGUCGUGUUUCUGCCUUUUCCGCUGAGGAGGGUCUGGCAGGAGCUCCAAGAUUUCAAGUCCGAUGGCCCUUCGAGCUUGGAUGAGUGGACCCAGAUGCCCAACACCAUGAGCUCUCACACACUUAGAGCGCAGUCACCUUUCUGCGCAGAAUGGGCUGAUCCCGGACACGACUACGGAUGGUUGAUGGCAAAGGCCUGCAGUGUUAUCAGUAUUAUCAACAGCAGACUCAAAAGUCGCGGCUUAGUGCGCACUAUUUCCGUCAGAGGUUCAGACGCACGAAGCGUCCAGGCAGCGGUCCACGCUGCAUUUGGUACUGCCUUGACCGAACUUUCUGGCGGGACACGCUCAACCUCACGUCGGCGCAGUCUUGACAAUAAGACUAGCCGCUUCUUGGGCCUACAGCAACCAUGGGUACCGCUUCGCAAGAUUCACAAAGACUCCCGCCUCCGGUUUCUGACGCCGGCAGAGAUGGUUACGCCAGCACUCUGGGACGUCUCAUUUCUCAACUCUAUCAUCAUGAGGUCCUCCGAGCCGCGUCUGUUCAUCACCCAGCCGGAAGCCUAUCUCCAAGAUCUUUCAGCAUACGAGAGUGGUUGGAGUUGGCAACGCGUUCGGGAGAUGAGUCGGCUCUAUCCCGAUUCUCAAGCUAACCAGGAAGUUCCUGAAGCCGACGCGAAAGAGGAUCACUGGGCGUGGAACGACCAACUCGACGAGACUGCAAGUGUACCAUCCUCUCUUAGUAUACGCCAAGCCGGGCAGCGAGUAUCAGCGUCCCCUUCACUACAUUUUAUUGCGAUGCAGUCUUCGAUGCGAUCAUCCAGUCCAAUGGUAGGCCGUGGUCAAACUCCUGUAAAGGAAGGAAGGAUUACAAAGCCACCUUACAUCCGCACCGCCUCGCUCCCUCCCUCGGUUCCUGCCAAUAUGUCGCCGUCACAGAUCAAACGCCGUGUAUCGUCCUUUGGCCAAAGGCCAGCUGCUCCAGUCCGGCCAAGUCUUCCAAACAUCUCGACUGCCUACAAGCGGCGCCGCGCGACUCGAUCGCCGAGCCGCCCUCUCAACACCCCUCGGUGGACGGUUUCCCCAAGCCCGAUGCCCGGCGUCAUUCCUUCUGAUGAGCGUCACCCGUCAACCCGUGGCAUCACGCCCCACUACUAUGCCACCCCGUACAGCAACGCACCGCUGGGCGAGACCCGUCCGCGCGGCACGGGCGUCGUGGUGGACGGUUCCCCCGCCGACGAUGACGAAAACCUCGAUCCGGAUUACGGAAGUACGAAUCCUUACGAUGACGAUGAUGACAGCGAUUACAGCGUCGAGAUGGUUGCUAACGUGCCACCGGAACGCGAGGGUGACUCAUCGUUCUCGCGGCAGAUCCAUCUGCCUGAGGAUGAGCCUUGGCCCGGCAUUGAGGAUCAAGAACAUAUGUCUGACGGCGAGAACAUUGACCCGCUCUUCUCACCGACGGUUGAUGACGACGUUCAGUCGGAAGUGAGUAGUCAGCCGUCCGAAUAUCCCAGCACCCAGCGUGGCUGGCAGGUGCCUGGCGCCGACGAUGGUAUAGGCUUUCGUAUCCACGAAGACGCUGAUAGAAUGUUGCAUGGCUGGAACUAG